GAGUAACAUCGCAGGAGAAUAAUCCAGAAGAUGGCGGUAAUGCGACGCUCGUGGAUGCAUCCGCCGUUAAACCUCGAAGAAGAAGAAGAAGAAGAAGAAGAAGAAGAAGAAGACGACGCCCCAAACGUUAGCUCCAAAAACGCAACAAAAAAGAGAGGUUUUAUUAGCUAAGGACAUAACACCAUCUUCCGGUGAUCAUCGCGGAGAAAUCUGAGCCAUGGCUUCAUCAAGCGACACAACACAGACAGCAGGAAGAAGGGGCAGCUUUGUUAUUGAUCAACCGAACAUGUCUAUGAGACUGGUGCUGGUGGGAAUGACUGGAGCAGGUAAAAGCUCCUCCGGAAACACCAUCCUGGGCAGAAAAGCCUUCAGAGUCAUCAAAAGCCCUUCAUCUGUGACUAAAGAGUGCUCGAAAGAGACAGAGAGUGUGGCUGGAAGAGACAUCACAGUAGUAGAUACACCGGGCAUGUUUGACACAGACAUUUCAGAGGAGGAGCUUCUGACACAGAAGAUCAGUAAGUGUAUAAACAUGACAGCACCUGGACCUCACGCCAUCGUCCUGGUCAUUAAACUGGAUGCGUUCACUGAGGAAGAGAGACUCUCGGUGGAGAAGAUCAGAGCCAUAUUUGGAGAAGAAGCAGAUAAACACACAAUCAUCCUCUUCACUCACGGGGAUGAACUGACCAGCUCUAUUGAAGAAUUCAUGGAAGCCAACGAGGCUCUGCAGGAAAUCUUGAGUCGCUGUGGGGGAAGACAUCAUGUGUUCAACAAUAAAGACAUGGAGGAUCGUAAUCAGGUUGUGGAGUUCCUGCAGAAAGUAGAUGCCGUAGUCGCUGCUAAUGGAGGUGAACAUUACACCAGCGACUCUUACCAGGACGUGGAGCUCAUGCUGAAAACUAGACCGGAGGAACUGAAGAAGCUGUAUGAGAAGAAAUUACAAGACAUACAGCGAGAACUGGAGGCCAGAUUUGCUGAAGAGAUGAAGAAACUGCAGGAGAGAAUAGAGACACUGACAGCGUCCGAGCAAGAGAAAGAAGAGAAGAUCAAAGAGCUGGAACAACUAAACAAGUGUAAAAUGACAGAGUACAAGCGUUAUUAUGAAACCAAGCUCAGAGAGGCCAGACAGGAGGAAGAACGGACCUGUACUCAUCCAAAUAUAAUAAAAAAGAUCUUUCAGAAGAUUCUCAAAAUCAAAUCUUAAUCACAUUCUGGUCAAAUGUAUAUCUAUGUUAGCCCCAGUCAAACACACCUGAAGCAGCUGAGGUGUUCAGGAUUGCUUGAUAAUUACAGA